AUGAAAGUGAAAAAGUGAGAAGAAAGGGCAAAAAGUGCGAGAAUUAGGGAAAUUGAAGUGUGUUUGAGAGAGGAUGAUAGAAGUGGUGCUUAACGAUAGGCUGGGGAAGAAGGUUCGGGUGAAGUGCAAUGAGGACGAUACCAUCGGUGACUUGAAGAAGCUGGUGGCUGCCCAAACUGGUACGAGACCUGACAAGAUUCGCAUUCAGAAAUGGUACACCAUUUACAAGGAUCACAUUAUCCUCAAAGACUACGAGAUUCACGAUGGCAUGGGCCUCGAGCUCUACUACAACUAAUCCUCUUUAUUCACUCUCUUCUAAUAUUUGUAAGUUUGUGACAUGCAUUAUCAACAUAUAUGCAUCAUUCUCCUAUCUCAAUUGUAUCUGGAACUUUAUCAUGUGAUGAUAUGCGUGGCAAUGCUUGAUGGACUUUAUUUAUUAUAAUUAUGCGCUUGCUUUUUA